AUGGUUCACAAAGACCCAGAAUCAGCCAUGAAGCUCGGUUUGUCAUUUGAGUAUAAGACUGACGAGCUUGUGAUUCCAUCACCAGACAAACCCCUGAUCAAUGCCGACCCUCCGAUCGCUACUGAGUUUGGUCUACAAUCUCAGUGGUCACCGCCACGCUCAGUGACAAAUUUUGGUGACUUUGGUAUGCUCCUAUUCUUUCAAUCUACCAGAGAUGAAUAUUUAAUAGUGAUUUUGAUUCUUUGGUUUAUUGGUUUUAUCUGUUAG